AAAGGUAUGAAGCAAAAUUCAAUUGCCAAACAAUGAGAAACCAAACAAAUCUCUUCCUUCUUCUCUUUGUUUUCAGUUCUUUUGCAUCAGUAGUUUUUGCCAGAAAUCAUCUGUCAAGAGGCUCUUCUUUAGCUGUCAAAGAUUCUGAUGAUGGUCUCCUCAUUUCCCCUGACAGAACCUUCAGCUGUGGAUUUUCGAGUUUCGGAACCAAUGCUUAUUACUUCUCAAUCUGGUUUACCAAUUCAAAGGAAAGAACUGUUGUUUGGGUAGCCAAGCGAGACAAGCCGGUUAACCGGCGUGGCUCUAGGCUAACUCUGAAGAAAAAUGGUGUAUUGUUGUUAACAGAUUAUGAUGGUUCAACUGCUUGGGAAACAAAUACGACUUCAACAACUGCGGAAACAGCAGAACUUCUCAACACAGGGAACCUUGUUCUUAAGGAUAUUGGUGGUAAUAUUCUUUGGCAAAGCUUUGAUUUUCCUACUGAUACUUUGCUUCCUCAUCAACUGUUUACUAAGAACAAAAGAUUGUUGUCCAGAAUAGGUCCUCGGAUGUUUGGUUCUGGGUAUUUUAGUUUCUUUUUUGAUAAUGAUAAUGUGCUUAGAAUGAUUUAUGAUGGUCCUGAAUUUUCCAGCAUUUACUGGCCUAAUAUUGCUUUUGAUCCGUUUCAAAAUGGUAGAACAACUUAUAACAGUAGUAGGAUUGGCAUGCUUGAUGAUAUGGGCACCUUUUCUGCAAGUGAUCAGCUUCAGUUUAGCUCUUUAGAUGUAGGUUCUGGGAUCAAGAGACGAUUAACAAUGGAUUUCGAUGGGAAUUUGAGGACUUACAGCUUAAAUGAAUCGUCUGGUUUAUGGAAUAUAACCUGGCAAGCAGUUUCAAAACCAUGUGACAUACAUGGUCUUUGUGGUAGAAAUGGAAUUUGUGAAUAUACGCCGGAGCCAAAAUGUAGUUGUCCUCCUAGCUACGAACCCACUGAUGUAAGUGAUUGGAGCAAAGGGUGCAGGCCGAAAUUUCAUAGAAGUUGCUCCGACUCUGAGUUUGUUGAGGUCUCCCACCUCGAUUACUAUGGAUUUGAUCUCAACUACACUGUGCCUGCUUCUUAUGAACUUUGUCGGCAACUUUGCUUGGAAGAUUGCCGCUGUCAAGCAUUUAGCUAUCGACUAACUGGUGAAGGAAUGUGCUUCACAAAAAGUUCUCUUUUCAAUGGAGUCAGGGUGGUUACUUUUCCAGGUAGCAUAUAUCUUCGAUUACCAAGAGGUUCACAGACAUCAGAACCUGCAAUCCUGAACGUGUCUCGUCUUGCUUGUGGAAGUAAAAUAGUAGCACUGCCGAACACAUAUGACACAACCAAUCAAAGAUUCAAGUGGGUUUAUCUGUACUCAUUUGCUACUGUCAUUGGUGCAAUUGAAGUAGUCCUUUUAGUAAUAGGGUGGUGGUUUCUUUUUAGGAAGCAUGGUCUUUCAGCUUCUAUGGAAGAUGGAUAUCGUGCCAUUUCAAAUCAGUUCCGGAGCUUCAGCUACAGCGAGCUCAAGAAAGCAACGGUUAACUUUAAGGAAGUUCUAGGAAAAGGAGGAUUUGGUACCGUUUACAAGGGUGUUCUGGGAGAUGACAGAGUAGUUGCUGUGAAGAAACUAGAAAAUGUGGUCCAAGGAGAAGAAGAAUUUUGGGCUGAAGUGAGCACAAUUGGUAAAAUCAACCAUAUGAACCUUGCACGAAUGUGGGGUUUUUGUUCCGAAAAAAAACAUAGACUCUUGGUAUAUGAGUUUGUAGAAAAUGGAUCAUUGGACAGGCACCUGUUCUCAGUCAGAACUGUUUUUGAUUGGAAGGAGAGGUUCAAAGUCGCAUUAGGCACAGCUAAAGGCUUAGCUUACCUUCACCAUGAGUGCCUAGAAUGGGUUAUUCAUUGUGAUGUCAAACCUGAAAAUAUACUACUGGAUGAGAAUUUCGAGCCAAAAAUUUCAGAUUUCGGCCUUGCAAAGUUAUGUCAAAGAGGGGGUCAUGGCUCAUCAGAGCUGACUAGGAUCAGAGGCACAAAAGGUUAUAUGGCUCCUGAAUGGGCAAUCAAUCUUCCCAUUACUGCAAAAGUCGAUGUCUACAGUUAUGGAGUCGUGAUCCUUGAGCUUGUAAGGGGUAUACGAUUAUCAAGUUUGGUAAUAGAUGACGAACACCAUGGCAUAGAGGAAAUACCAGAAAUGGUAAAAUUUGUUCGGUUGGCUAAAAGGAAAAUUCAGAAUGGAGAAGAUUCAUGGGUAGAAGACUUGGUGGACCCAAGAUUGGAAGGGCGUUUCAGCAGGAAUCAGGCUGCUAUGAUGAUCGAGGUUGGACUUUCUUGUGUUGAGGAUGAUAGAAACAAAAGGCCAACCAUGGAAUCAGUAGCACAAGUUCUUGCAGAAUGUGAAGACGAGAUGCUAAUGCACGUUCCUGGCACUCUGUGACUCGAGCUUCUCUUGCUGUAUCUUAUACAAGUAUUAGUUUUAAGGCAUCAUUUGUAUUUAUGUUCAUCCUUAGCUAUGCACGGGUGUUACCUGAAUUAUUCGUAAAAAAAUUAUUGAUUUGUUUCCGUUUUUGUAUUGAUUGUAAAUGUUAUGUGGAGUGUGAAUGAUAAUUGUAACAUUUUUCCUUUUUUGGUGGACUUGGAAGAAUUUUGGUAAUUUAA